ACUCCGGCGCUCGCCAUGGCAGACGAAAAGCCCAAGGCAGGAGUCAAGACUGAAAACAAAGAUCAUAUUAACUUGAAGGUGGCGGGGCAGGAUGGUUCUGUGGUGAGUUUAAGAUUAAGAGGCCCUCUUAGUAAAUUAAUAAAAACAUAUUGUGAACAACAGGACACACCUGCACAGUUGGAAAUGGAGGAUGAAGAUACAAUUGAUGUGUUCCAGCAGCAGACAGGAGGUGUCUACUAAAAAGGGAACCUGCUACUUUACUCCAGAACUCUGUUCUUACAGACCAAGAAUACAUUCUCAAUUAGAAAACUGCAAUUUGGUUCCACCACAUCCUGACUACUACAGUAUAGUUUUCUUUAUUCUUUCAUUUUCCCCUUCCCCAUUCCUUUAUUGUACAUAAAGUAACUGGUGUAUGUGCACAAGCAUAUUGCAUUUGUUUUUAAACUAAAUGGCCAAUGAUAUGUUUUGAUUAACAUCAAAUGGAGAUGGGAUGGGGAAAAAUACUGGUUCUGUGAAAAUAUCCCCUUUCUCCAUUAGUGGCAUCCUCAUUCAGCUCUUAUCUUUAUAUUCCAGUAAGUUAUUUUGCUCUCACGGUUUUAACAAAAAACAAAACAACAACAAAAAAAAACCUGAACAACAUAAAAAUCCUUGCAUACCUUGUUCGAUUGGAGAAUUUUAAUGUUUUUCAUUUAUCAUUGUAAAACCAAGGACAAUUUUAUAACUUUUUUGUACGUAGCUGUUACAUGUAGGGCAAUCUGUCUUUAAGUAGGGGUAAAUUACUCUUAAAAAAGAUUCCUAGAUAGUUUUCCCUUCAAGUCAAGCGUCUUGUUGUUUAAAUAAACUUCUUGUU